AUUGAUGUUGUUUUGUUGCUUCCCUUUCUCCCUAGAUAGACUAGACGUCGUCCACUGGCCACACUUCGCACAGCAGCAGGCCAAGACAGAAGGACACAAGCCCCCCCUAGCCGACCGGUCAGUGCAGCGGACUAGGCCGCCAUUCCUUCCCGCGGAAAACGUUCCAAACAGAAGAAAACACGACGCAACAAAAGCGCAACGAUGCCAGCCCGCUUCGACGACGUCACUACUGAUACCCGCCGCGGUGUCCCCAGGGACCUGGGGGGACACUACGAUGGCUGUCAGAUUCAGGAUGACAUCUGCAUCACAGGCUUCUCCGGCCGCCUGCCGGAGAGCUCCAGCAUCGAAGAGUUCAAGCGCAACCUGAUGGAGGGCGUGGACAUGGUGAACGACGAUGACCGCCGGUGGCCCAAGGGGCUGUACGACCUCCCCACCAGGAUCGGCAAAAUCAAGGACGAAGAUCUGCAGAACUUGGACGCAGAGUUCUUCAAAAUUCACCAGAAGCAGGCGGAGUGUAUGGAUCCGCAGAUGAGGAUGCUACUCGAGUGUACCUACGAGGCUAUUAUUGAUGCGGGCAUCAAUCCUCAGGAACUCCGUGGUAGCCGCACGGGCGUGUACAUCGGAUGCUCCAACUCGGAAACGGAACAGCACUGGUGUGCCGAUCCGGACCUGGUCAACGGGUACGGUCUGAUCGGAUGUGCCCGUGCCAUGUUUGCCAAUCGGUUGUCCUUCACGUUCGACUUCAAAGGACCCAGCUACGCCGUGGAUACGGCCUGUUCCAGUUCGUUGAUUGCCAUGUCCACGGCAUUUGCCGAUAUGAAGGCUGGGCGGUGUGAUGCGGCCAUCGUGGCCGGAUGCGGUAUCAUCCUGAAGCCUACCAUGUCGCUGCAGUUCAAGCGGUUGAACAUGUUGGGCAAGGAGGGCAUGUGCAAGGUGUUUGACGAGUCCGGAAAUGGGUAUGUGCGGUCGGACGGUUGCGUGGUUACCUUCAUGCAACGGGCAUCCGAUUCGCGACGUAUCUACGCUAGUGUUCUGAACGUCCGAAUCAAUACCGACGGUUACAAGGAGCAGGGAAUUACCUUCCCGAAUGGAGCCAUGCAGAAGCGUCUGAUUCAGGAAACCUACGGCGAGAUCAAUCUCAACCCAGCUGAUGUGGUUUACGUUGAGGCUCACGGUACCGGAACGAAAGUCGGUGACCCGCAGGAGGUGAACAACAUUACCGACUUCUUCUGCAAGGACCGCAAGGCUCCACUUUUGAUCGGAUCGGUCAAAUCGAACAUGGGUCACUCGGAACCGGCUUCGGGAGUUUGUUCCAUUGCGAAGAUGCUGAUCGCUAUGGAAGCGGGCAUCAUUCCUGGAAAUCUGCAUUACAAGAACACCAACCCGGACCUGUACGGUUUGAUGGACGGUCGCGUUAAGGUCGUGGACCGUAACUUGCCAUGGAAUGGUGGAAUCAUCGGUCUGAAUUCAUUCGGAUUUGGUGGCGCCAACGCCCACGUGAUCAUGAAGUCCUACCCGAAACCGAAGCCCGUUAGUCCAAAGGACGGCUUCCCGAAGCUGGUUCUUGCUUCGGGACGUACAGAGGAAGCUGUUGAAGCCUUUUUGGAUGCAGCUAACGGCAACAAGGAUGACGAGGAGUUUGUUGGUUUGGUGAACGAGGUUCACAGCAAGAACAUCCCACUGCACUACUUCCGUGGGUACACGGUCAUGGGAGAAGGACAGGCUGUGCGGGAGGUCAGCGAUCUGAGUGACGACAAGCGGCCAAUCUGGUUUAUCUAUUCCGGUAUGGGAUCCCAAUGGGCCAGUAUGGCUAAGGAGAUGAUGCAGGUGGAGGUGUUCAACAACAGCAUCCACCGUUGCGCGGAAGCCCUUCGUCCGGAGGGUGUCGACCUGAUCGACAUCCUGACCAAGAGCGACGAGUCGCGGUUCGAUAACAUCUUGAACUCGUUCAUUUCGAUCGCUGCCGUUCAGGUGGCGCUGACCGAUGUGCUGAACCAUCUGGGAAUCGCUCCGGACGGUAUGGUCGGACACUCGGUGGGUGAACUGGGCUGUGCCUAUGCCGAUGGGUGCUUCACUCCGGAGCAAACCGUUUUGGCUGCCUACUGGAGAGGUCGUAGCAUCUUGGACACCCAGCUGAUCCCCGGGUUGAUGGCAGCGGUUGGACUCUCGUGGGAACAGUGCAAGGAGCGACUCCCGAAGGACAUUAUUGCCGCUUGUCAUAACAGCAGUGACAGCGUUACGAUUUCCGGACCCGUGGAUUCGAUCAACAAAUUUGUCGCCGAACUGAAUGCCGAAGGCGUCUUCGCCAAGGCGGUCAAAUCUUCCGGAAUUGCCUUCCACAGUCGGUACAUCGCUGACGCCGCACCGAAGCUGCGCAAGUCUUUGGACAAAAUCAUCCCGAACCCGAAGAAUCGCUCGCCACGGUGGAUUAGUACCAGCAUCCCGGAGGAGGCCUGGAACACCCCGUUGGCCCAGCAAUCGUCGGCGGCCUACCACGUGAACAACCUGCUGUCGUCGGUGCUGUUCUCGGAAGGGUUGCGCCACGUGCCGAGUAAUGCCAUUUGCAUCGAAAUCGCGCCGCACGGUUUGCUGCAGGCCAUUCUGAAGCGUGCCCUCGGAAAGGAUGCCACCAAUCUGAGCCUGAUGAAGCGCGGCCAUGAUAAUAACGUGAUCUUCAUGUUGUCCAACAUUGGAAAAUUGUACGCCGCUGGAGCUCAACCGCAGGUUCAGAAGUUGUACCGCCCGAUUACUUAUCCGGUUGGUCGUGGAACGCCCAUGUUGAACUCACUUGUCAAGUGGGAUCACUCGACCAAGUGGUACCUGGCCCGAUUUGGUGUUGAAAACAAAUCCGGCGAAACGGUCAUCGAUGUCAACCUGGAAAAGCCGGACGAUGCCUAUCUGGCCGGCCAUACCAUCGAUGGGCGUGUCCUGUUCCCUGCGACCGGGUACAUGACUCUGGCAUGGCGUACAUUCGCCAAAAUGCGCGGUUCGGACAUGGAAAAGACUCCGGUGGUGAUCGAGAAUGCCGUUUUCCACCGAGCCACCAUUCUGCCGAAGGAUGGCUCGGUCAAGUUCGGUGUGAACUUCUUCGACGGUACCGGAGCGUUCGAAAUCUGCGAAGGUGGAUCGCUGGCCGUGUCGGGUAAAAUCACUGUCCCGGAGAACAUCGAUAACGAGGAGCUGCCGUUGUAUCCGAUUGAUGAGGACAAGUCGGGUCUAUCGAUGAGCACCAGUGAUUCCUACAAGGAACUGCGUUUGAGAGGAUAUGACUAUGGCGGUCUGUUCCGUGGAAUCACCAAGGCCGAUGCUAGUCGAGUCACUGGUGAGCUGCAGUGGAAGGAUAACUGGGUCAGCUUUAUGGACACCAUGCUGCAGUUCAGCAUUCUGGGUAAGAACAUGCGCGAUUUGUACUUGCCCACUAGGAUCGAGAAGAUCGUGAUCAACCCGGCCCGCCACAUGGAUAUGAUGAACACUCUCAAGUCGAAGGAUCAAGAUGUUCCGGUUGCUGUUUACAGAAACAUUGAUGUGAUCAAGAGUGGAGGUGUGGAGAUGCGAGGAUUGAAGGCCACCCUAGCUCCGAAACGAUCGGGAUCCCAGGCUCCUCCGACUCUUGAGAAGUAUGUAUUUGUACCGAACUUCAACGAGAAGGAACUGGCCGAGAGUGGUGAGAAGUCAAGAUUCCGCUCGAUUUCCACGGCUGUUCACCUAGCUAUCGAAAACAGUGCCGGAGCACUGAAGAUUAAGGUCGCUGAAGCAUGCUUCCAACGUGCUCCGGAAAAUACCAUGGCUGCUACCGUACAGGCCAUUAUUGAGGGCGAACCGACCUUGGUAAGCGAUGUAGCGGUCGUUACCAAUUAUCAACCGGACACUCUCGUCCAGCACUUCGGCACGGACAGUGGAGUCCGUGUUGUGGCCAAGGAUGCCGCGGCAGGGCCCAUUGAACAAGGAUGCCAUAUGGUCAUCUCCUAUGACAUUCUUGGACGUCCUGACAGCCAAGCCGUACUCAGUAAUCUCCGGGAAUCGAUCCGUGACGAUGGAUUCCUGUUCUUGGAAGAAUCUCGCACCAACUUCGACGCCACCAAGAAGGGGAAGGCACUGUUCGAUUCGCUGAAGCUGACAACUGUGACGUAUCAAUUCUACGACAAGAAGGUCUUCGUACUACUCCGUCCUACCAAUAGCUACGAGCAACGAAAGACAACCGUUAUUCAAGUCACCGAGAAGAACUUUACCUGGGUGGAAACGUUGAAGGCUGCUUUGGCCAAGGCCGAGGAAACCAACACCUUCGUUUACCUCGUCUGCCAAGGCGAAGAGAUGUUCGGCGCUCAAGGCUUCAUCAACUGCAUCAAGAACGAAGCCGGCGGCAAAUUCGCCCGUAUGAUCUUCAUCCAGGACAAGCGCGCGGAGAAAUUCUCCCUCACGGGCAAGUCCUACGUGGAGCAGUUAAAGAAAGAUCUGAUUUGCAACGUUAUGAACUCAAGUGGUGUUUGGGGAAGCUUCCGCCAUCUCCGGCUGGACAACCAGACCAACGGAACAUCGCUGCAGGUGGAGCAUGCCUACGUGAACGCACUGACCAAGGGCGAUUUGGCGAGUUUGAAGUGGAUCGAAGGCCCGCUGUCGCGUGACCGACCGGACCCCAAGGACAAGAAGCAGGAGCUGUGCACCGUGUACUAUGCUCCGAUCAACUUCCGCGACGUUAUGUUGAGUUCCGGUAAGCUGGGAGUUGACGCCCUGCCGGGUGAUCUGCCCACGCAGGAUUGCAUUCUGGGAUUGGAGUUCUCCGGUCGGGACGCAUCCGGUCGUCGCAUCAUGGCCAUGGUUCCGGCGAAAUCGCUGGCCACUACCUGUGUAGCUCACCGUAACAUGAUGUGGGAAAUUCCGGACAACUGGACCAUGGAGCAAGCCUCAACGGUACCGUGCGUCUAUUCCACUGUUUACUACGCCCUGGUUGUACGUGGUCGCAUGAAGCGCGGCGAGUCGAUUCUGAUCCACGCCGGAUCCGGUGGAGUCGGGCAGGCUGCCAUCUCGGUAGCCCUCGCCGCUGGCCUGACGGUGUUCACCACCGUCGGUAGCAAGGAAAAGCGAGACUUCCUGAAGCGUACCUUCCCGCAGCUGCAAGACCGUCACAUUGGAAACUCCCGAGAUAGCUCGUUCGAGCAGAUGGUCAUGCGUGAGACUCAGGGACGCGGUGUGGAUCUGGUACUGAACUCGUUGGCCGAUGAGAAACUGCAGGCCUCGGUUCGGUGCUUGGGUUUGAACGGUCGAUUCUUGGAAAUUGGCAAGUUCGAUUUGAGUAACAACAGCCCGCUGGGUAUGUCGGUGUUCCUGAAGAACACUUCCUUCCAUGGUAUUCUGGUCGACAGCAUCAUGGAUGGCGAUGAUGACGUGCUGGCUGAGGUCGUACGAUUGGUUUCGGAGGGUAUCAAGAGCGGCGCGGUACGCCCUCUGCCAACCAGUGUGUUCGGCGACCAGCAGGUGGAACAAGCCUUCCGAUUCAUGGCUUCCGGUAAGCACAUCGGAAAGGUUGUUCUCAAGAUCCGCGACGAGGAAAAGGCCAAGGUGGUUGUUCCUGCGCCGAAGCUGAUUUCCGCUAUUCCUCGUACCUACAUGCACAAGGAGAAGAGCUACAUCCUGAUCGGUGGAUUGGGAGGGUUCGGUCUGGAGUUGUCCAACUGGUUGGUAUCCCGUGGGGCUACGAAGAUUGUGCUGACCUCUCGCAGCGGAGUACGAACUGGCUAUCAAGCGCUGAUGAUCAAGCGUUGGAGCGAACGUGGCGUUACGGUUUCGAUCGAUACGAACGAUGUGACCACCCUGAAGGGAGCGCAGAAGCUGCUGCAGGCUGCCAAUAAGCUGGGCCCAGUCGGAGGCGUGUUCAAUUUGGCCGCUGUUCUGCGGGAUGGUCUGUUGGAAAAUGCCACCGAAGCGGACUUCAAGACUGUCUGUGUGCCUAAGGUUGACGGAACAAAGAACUUGGAUCAGGCUACCCGGGAACUGUGUCCGGAUUUGGAUUACUUUGUGUGCUUCUCGAGUGUUUCCUGCGGUCGAGGUAACAUUGGUCAGGUGAAUUACGGCUUGGCCAACUCGGCUAUGGAGAGAAUUUGCGAGGCACGUCAAGCUGUCGGUUUGCCUGGAACUGCCAUCCAGUGGGGUGCCAUCGGAGAUACCGGUUUGGUACUGGAGAACUUGGGUGACAACGAUACGGUUGUCGGAGGUACUCUUCCCCAAAGAAUGCCGUCCUGUCUUCAGACAAUGGACUUCUUCAUGCAACAGCCUUGUCCAGUGCUGGCCUCUAUGGUUGUGGCCGAGAAGCGUAAGGCCGAAACCGGAGGAGCUGGAUUGGUCAGUUGUGUUGCCAACAUUCUUGGUCUGAAGGAUACUAAGAACGUGUCCGAUUCGGCCACGCUUGCUGACCUUGGAAUGGAUUCCUUGAUGGGUGCUGAAAUCAAGCAAACCCUUGAACGAAACUUUGACACCGUCCUGAGUGCAGCCGAAAUCCGUAUGCUCACGUUCGGUCGUCUAAAAGCCCUAGAAAAUGGUGGCGCCGAUGUACCUGGAAGCCCCGUUCCACCAACAUCUGCUUCUCCUGAACCUAAAGAGCAAGACCAGAAUGGUCUCGGAGAUGGAACUCAGGUCCGAUUCAGUGCAGAUCUCAUGCCUACGCAGUGUCUUGUCCGGUUGGACUCCAAGGCCCCACCCUCCAGCAAGGACUGCCCAGUGUUCAUGGUCCAUGCCAUUGAAGGUGUCAUCACUUCGUUGAUUCCUCUAGCACAAACCCUUCCAGUUCCUGUGUACGGUCUCCAAUGUGUAGCCGAAGCACCUAUCGAAUCUCUGGAAACCUUGGCCGCGUUCUACAUCAAACACGUCCGAUCGGUCCAACCCAAGGGUCCGUACACCAUCGUAGGCUACUCCUUCGGAGCUUCGGUCGCCUACGAAAUGGUAGCCCAGCUGGAAAAUGCCAAAGAAACCUGCCGACUACUGAUGCUGGACGGUUCGCCCCGGUACAUUGCCGGCUACACGGACGCACAAAAGCAGCGCAUCGACAACGGAGAAGCCCUGCAGGCGGAAGAUGAAGCCUACGCGCUGGCCUUCUUUGCCAUGGUCUGCGGCAAUCUGGACUACAGCAAGACUGCCCACGAACUGAUUGCGCCGAAAACGUGGGAAGCACGAUUGCAAAAAUGCGCCGAAAUGGUUCGCGUGCGAACGCCACAAUACUCGCAGAAACUGCUUGAAACGACAGCGGAAUCGUUUGUGCACAAAAUCGUUGCCGGCCAUCUGUACAAACCCACUUCCAAGAUCAGUGCCCCAGUGAAACUGGUGAAACCCACCGAAAACUAUGCCAAAUUGCAAGGCGAUUACGGCCUUUCCGAGCUCUGCACGAAAGAAGUCAAGGUGACGACAGUGAAAGGCGAUCACCGAUCCAUUCUGGUGGGUGAUUCAAUGCUGGAAAUCUCCAAACUUCUCCACGAGCUGCUGUAAGCGGACGGAUGAUGAAGCACACUCGUCGUAGUAGUCACACAUCUUUCGCACGCACAUUACACAAGGACGCGGCCGGCGGCCCACGCAUGUGGACGCAUAUUAGCAUACACCUAUUGAUACGAAUCGUCCCCCUAAUCACUCGGAGGGAGGAAGGGCGAGUGAGAGUCAGAAGAAAUUGUAAUUUAUUUUCGUUCUCUUUUGUGUAUAGUUCAAAUCUCUACUUCCCGACUAUUCUAUAGUCAGUUUUUUUUUUUUGGUUUUAAGAAGGUUUCGCUGGAGGCACAAUCCAGAUGGGAACCUAUUGGCACUGUUAACGCAAGCGUGAUUUAUAAAGACUAGUAGGAGGAUGCAGUUCAAAGAGUGCUGGCACUAGACGUCUGAUCCAGGUCCGUUUCAGGGGUAGUGUCACCGCGCUUUGCUGUAGUUUCAAGGACACGGAAAACUAUAA